AUGGCACUAACAAGAAAGCCAGAGGUGAAAGUGACUUAUGGUAAACGCAAAGAUGUAACAGAUUUAACUUUAAGUCCUUUACGAGACAAUUCAUUGUUACUUAGAGACGUGACCAACAUUGAAAGUAACUUUAACAAGGAAAAUACCUUAAAUGAGCGCGUAGAAUUUGAUGAACAGAUACAAUCAAAUAGGCGCAUUAUUACUGACAGUUUCUCGACUGUUAAGCUUAAUGAUGAGUGUAUUGAAAUUGGUGCACAUUUCAUAAGACCUAAAAGACGUGUUACAACUGGAUCUGUAUUACCUGCCGUUGAAUUUAAUGAUUCUUAUAUGGGAAAUGUAAAACAAGAAAGAAAUUCUGGGAUAGUAGUAAAACAAAAGUGUAUAGGAGAUUUUUUUAAACCUGUAUCAGUUGAAUUAAAUAACAAUCAACGUAAAAAGAAGAAAAAAUAUGCUACUAUUCCGAGAUUUAAUAAAAUUAAUGAUGGGAAUAGAGAGAAUGCUGAAAAUAAUUCAUCAUCACGGCCUAAAAAACGCGUUAAAAGUUAUGAACAAACUUAUAUUGACAUUGGACAAAAGGAUUUUGGUGCAUAUACAUGUCCGGAAUGUCAAAUGUCGUACGUUCGAGGAGUGCUGGUUGAUGAAACAUUACAUACUAACUUUCAUCGUUUGACUCUUGAAGGAAUUAAAUAUCAUGGUUAUCAAGAUGAAGUUACAUUGGAAUCAAUUGCUGAAGUCAAUGGUCGUAUUGUGUUGCUUGUUUAUAAUCAGUCUCAUUUCUUUGAAAAACAUAAA